AUGUAUAAUACUGGGCAUUCGUACAUAGAUGAAAAAAUGGAAUUUUAUGGUUUUUUGAAGGCUGCCGAAAAGGGUUAUUCUAUAGCACGAUAUAUUGAUCGUUUUCAUAAUGAUGGAGAUCCUAUUAAAGGUUUAAAAAGCUAUGCUAUUUCCGGCUAA